AUGGGUGGUUGGGAUCCGAAGUUUUAUCUGGCCCUUGUCCUGGUGCUGCUGAUCCUCGGGGAGCAUUCUUCGGUCUCCGAGCUCCACGUCCAUCAAGUUUCCGAUCUCAUCUACGUCAGGCACGUGCCCUUCAACGUCAUCUUGGACAUCAGCGUGCAGAAUGUGAGCCGAUGGAAGAUUUUGAUCCAGGAGUUCAGAGGGAGGGAGGAAAGCGCUCUUGACGAGAUGGAAGGGGAGGGAGACUUGAACUACAUGCCCUUCACCGUGAGCUGGAAGCGGCACGAGGGCGUUCUUCUUCGCGUCAUCCUACUGGACAGGGAGUCCGAGAGGAGCUGGGAGCGAGCGGUUCACUUUCAGCUUCAAAGGCUGCUGGACGUUGCUUUCCAGCUCUCGAAUCCAGCGCUGAGCCACCACAUGGCAGAGGUUGAUGCAAGUCAGCCGGUCGUGCAGGACAUGCUGAAGUGGGCAGUGACUCGGUUCUGGCACUCCGGCCGGGUCUCCCCCACUAACGUGUUGGAAGCGACAGUCUGGCUGAACUUCAACCCCCACGAGCUGGGUCAGUGCCAGAGGAGGGAGGAAGAGAUGUGCAGGCUCGAGAGUUCGUGGGAGACCGUGCACUACCUCACGGUGGAGUGGGAGCGAGGAAUCUUCCUGUUCGCGGUCAAGAUGGCGGUCAAGGACGGCAGUCUGUCGCUCCUCCACGCUCAACCCGUCCCGGAGACGCUGUGGAGCGAGAAGCGAACGUUGAGCGAGCUGGUGGAGGUGGGGACGUGGCAGAUCAAGCAUCCAAGGAGGCAUGGAGCAGCUCUACAUCCAGUUCGCCAAGCAGGAUCAGGAGGUGGAGCAGAUAUCGCACGGCAAGAAGUGGUACACGAGCAUGCUGGUUGA